AUGGAGGGCAUUCCAGCAGAGACCUCCCGUCCGGCCGGAGUGACCGCAGACGGCAUCGAUAACCAGCAGAGUGAAGGGCAGCACGCAGCUGAACACAUGCAAGGAUGGGCUCUCGCUUCUUUGACCCUGGCUUUCAUGUCCGUUUGCUUCGUGCUGGCGCUUGACAACACCAUUCUAGCGACCGCGAUACCCCAGAUCAGCAGCGACUUCCAAAGCCUCAACGACAUCGGUUGGUAUGGAUCCUCCUACCUGAUCGCGCAGAUGGCGCUGCUGCCGACCUGCGGCCGCCUGUAUGCGUUUUACAACAUCAAGUGGGUGUACUGCCUUUCUCUCGCCGUCUUCGAACUCGGCUCCAUCGUCUCGGCAGUGGCGCCGAACUCGAUGACGCUCAUCGUAGGGAGGGCGGUCUCUGGCCUCGGCGCCGCAGGCUUGGUCAGCGGGACAACAACCAUUUUGUCUUACUGCGUCGCGUUGAAGAAGCAGGCGAUACUGUCGCCCUUUGUCUUGGGCAUGUACAGCAUUGGUUCCACCGUGGGGCCGCUCGUGGGCGGUUCGAUAACCGAUAAUAAGGCACUCACUUGGCGGUUUGUGUUCUGGAUCAAUCUCCCUUUCGGGGCUGUCGGACUGCUUCUGGUUUGGUUCGCCUUGAGGAAGCCUCCACCGGCAGUACAAGGAGGGUUGCCAUGGCUCCAGAAGAUCCGUCAAGUAGAUAUUCCGGGGGCCAUUCUUCUGCUCGGGGCAACGUCGUGUCUGAAUCUAGCUCUUCAGUGGGGUGGCAUCGUUUAUCCAUGGUCUAACGCGAAUGUGUUCGGCUGCCUGAUCGGAUUCGGUCUACUCCUCGCCACAUUUUUGUACUUGCAAGUCCGGGGCAAAGAAAGCUCCACCGUCCCGCUUCAUAUCUUCCGCAGCCGUACCGUCUCAGCGUCAUGCGGCUUCAUGAUGCUCGUCCAGGUGGCCAUAGUGCUGCAAUCGUACUACUGGCCCAUAUACUUCCAGUCGGUCAGGAACACCAAUGCCAGAGACUCAGGAAUCAACCUGCUCCCAUCGAUUGUGUCCAACAGCCUCGGCACGUUCUGCGCUGGUUGGAUCUCGUCAAAGACUGGGCACUACGUACCACUGAUGUGGAUCGGCGCCCCCGUCUUGGCUACCGGAGGCGGUCUGUAUCAACUCAUCCGCGCCAACAGCCCGAUGGGGGAAUGGAUCGGGUUCCAGAUCCUGUCCGGGCUCGGCUACGGCAUGUGCAGCCAGAUGCCUAUACUGGCGGUUCAGGUCGUGCUCAGCAAGUCAGACGUGCCAACGGGCCUCGUCAUGAUUAUGUUUUUCCAAAUGCUGGGAGGCGCCUUGGCUCCUAGCGUUGGGCAGAACCUCUUCACUGACGGACUUCUGCGGAAUCUCAGUAGGGUUCAGGGGGUCGAUGGUGCAGCCGUAGUGGCGGCGGGGGGAGUGGGAUUCAGAGACAUGGUCCCUCCGGAGCGAUUGGAUGCAGUCAUUAACGCAUUCAACUCUGCCUUGAGAAAUGUGUUCUGGGUGGCUCUCGCUGCUCCGGUUCUUGCUUGGAUCGUCAGCUGGGCGAUGGAAUGGAGGAAGCUGCCCGACUCUAAGACUGCGACGAUACAAGCCCCCCCGACUACAGAGGCCUCGGAGAAGUAG